CUCCGCAAAGCACCUUGGGAACACGUGUGGUCAACAUGGCGGCGCCCUUCACUAGAGUUUAUCGACCGUUCUGGAGGAUAAUAACUACAACUACAUCAAACAGAGGAGUGCGAAAUGUUUCGUACACUAGUCAACGGUGGUCUGCGCAAAAUGUCAAAACUGCGGGCGCAGCAUCUCCGUGGGCGCUGCAUGGAGCUGUAUGUGUGCAGAGGCUGCCUGUGGUGUCUCAAGACAGGAGCCCCAUAGAGGAGGAGUUCAUGGAGCUUAUGCAUAAGAUGGAGUUAGAGAGAAGUCUGCUUGCGGACCAUGAGUUGAAGCUCCUGGAUGAUGCUGCACGGAUGAGUCGGAAACAAGAAGAAGAUUAUGAUUCAGAUGAGGAGGAGGAUUACAAAGACAAAGAAAUCGUUACAGCCCAAGAUCUGGAGGAUAUUUGGGAACAGAAACUGAAGGAUUUUCAACCAGCUCUGAGGUCACAAGGUAAUGACCAGAAAGACGCAAGUUCUUCAGAGCGUUGUUUAUCAGACAGUCUCAUAUUGCUGGUGAAGAAGGAUGUUGGCAGUCAAAAGCUUUGGCUCCUGCCUCAAAUACAGUGGCAGAUGGGAGAGACACUUCGACAGACAGCCGAACGUGCCCUUGCAAGUCUUCCAGAUGCUGAUCUGAAGGCUACUUUCCUUGGUAAUGCACCCUGUGGAUUUUACAAAUACAAAUACCCAAAGGACGUUCAGAAAGAGGGCAGUGUUGGAGCCAAAGUGUUCUUCUUCAAAGCUGUGCUUUCCAGCCAUAAGCACUUACCCCUGGAGAAGAAUUCAUUUGCCUGGGUAAAAAAGGAUGAACUCCAGGACUUCCUGAAACCAGAGUACCUGAAACAAGUCAGACGCUUCAUUAUGGCUCUGUAAUAUGGAAAGAAACGGACAUAAUGGAGAAUAUGUUGGACAAUUGGAAAACUUUUUUUUUUUUUUUUUUUACUAAGAUUCCAUGAGUCUGGACCCCAGAUUCAAUCUGAUGAUGGAAUCUAACAAUAUGAGCAAUGUUCAGAUUGUCUUAUAGGGGUUAUACAGUAUGUCCCAUACACUUGUAUGUUGUCACCUGCCCUGUAUCUGUAUAUUUAUUUUUCUUGCUUGUUAAAUGGAAACCUCUGUGACAGUGUGCGCAAUAUUAAAAAGGGUCCAUUUCAUAGCA